GGGAGGACGGCUAGGGCUGGGCUGCGGGAAGGACUCGCUGUCCCAGCGUGCCCUGCGCCUCAGCCCGCGCGCUCGCCCCUUCUCGCUCUUGCCCGCCCGCUCCCUUGCUAGCUCGCGCUUUUGCUCGCGCUCUCCUCGCCAAUCGAAGGGGCUCUGGCCACAGCUUGUGGCUAGGGAGGGAGACCCAGGCGGCGGCUCAAGGGAACAAGGCUGCAGUGGUGGUGGCGGCGGGAAGAUGUCGGGCGAGGACGAGCAGCAGGAGCAAACUAUCGCCGAGGACCUGGUCGUGACCAAGUAUAAGAUGGGGGGCGACAUCGCCAACCGGGUACUUCGGUCACUCGUGGAAGCAUCCUGCUCAGGUGUGUCAGUGCUGAGCCUGUGUGAGAAAGGUGAUGCCAUGAUUAUGGAAGAGACAGGGAAAAUUUUCAAGAAAGAAAAAGAAAUGAAGAAAGGUAUUGCCUUUCCCACCAGUAUUUCAGUAAAUAACUGUGUGUGUCACUUCUCCCCUUUGAAGAGCGACCAGGACUAUAUUCUCAAGGAAGGUGACUUGGUAAAAAUUGACCUUGGGGUCCAUGUGGAUGGCUUCAUAGCUAAUGUGGCUCACACUUUUGUGGUUGGUGUAGCUCAGGGGACCCAAGUGACAGGGAGGAAAGCAGAUGUCAUUAAGGCAGCUCACCUUUGUGCAGAAGCUGCCCUACGCCUGGUCAAACCUGGAAACCAGAACACACAAGUGACCGAAGCCUGGAACAAAGUUGCCCAUUCAUUUAAUUGCACGCCAAUAGAAGGUAUGCUGUCACACCAGUUGAAGCAGCAUGUCAUCGAUGGAGAGAAAACCAUUAUCCAGAAUCCCACAGACCAGCAGAAGAAGGACCACGAGAAAGCUGAAUUUGAGGUACAUGAAGUAUAUGCUGUGGAUGUUCUCGUCAGCUCAGGAGAGGGCAAGGCCAAGGAUGCAGGACAGAGAACCACCAUUUAUAAACGAGAUCCUUCUAAACAAUAUGGCCUGAAAAUGAAAACUUCACGUGCCUUUUUCAGUGAGGUUGAAAGGCGUUUUGAUGCCAUGCCGUUUACUUUAAGAGCAUUUGAAGAUGAGAAGAAGGCCCGGAUGGGUGUGGUGGAAUGCGCCAAACAUGAACUGCUGCAGCCAUUUAAUGUUCUCUAUGAGAAGGAGGGCGAAUUUGUUGCCCAGUUUAAAUUUACAGUUCUGCUCAUGCCCAAUGGCCCCAUGCGGAUAACCAGUGGUCCCUUUGAGCCUGACCUUUACAAGUCUGACAAGGAGGUCCAGGAUGCAGAGCUCAAGGCCCUCCUCCAGAGUUCUGCAAGUCGGAAAACCCAGAAAAAGAAAAAAAAGAAGGCCUCCAAGACUGCAGAGAAUGCCACCAGUGGGGAAACAUUAGAAGAGAAUGAAGCUGGGGACUGAGGUGGGCCCCAUCUCCCCAGCCAGCCGCUCCUGCCUCAUCCCCUUCCCACCACACCCCAGGCUCUGUGACGUGCAGUUCGUCUUCUCCACCCAGGACCGCCAGCAGAGCAGGGGUCUCCCUGCCCCCAUCCCAGUCCCCCAACCCAACCCCCUUCCAACAAGAACCAGCUCCAACUGACUCUGGUCUUGGGAGGCCAGGCUUCCCAGCCACCGAAGACUACUUUAACUAGAAACGAGAAAUUGAACAAUAAAAUCAGGAAUCAAAAUC